UUUUAGGAUCAAAAUAUAGAUUAUAUAGGAUAUUCUCCACCAAACUUCUGAUAUUUACAUCAUUCGAUGAAGUGGAUUUAACUCAGAAUACGAAGAAAAUAACAUAUAAAUAUGAGGGGUGACGAAUGGACUAAUCAGAAUUCGCAGAGUCAUUCUUAUGAUUCUGCUUGUACUACCAAUACUCAUGCAAAUGAUGAUGUUAUUUUUCCAAAUGGAUCUAUUCCACGGACUAACAGUCGUAUGAGGCAGUAUAACACAUUUGAAAAUUCAAUCAGCAAUUCUGAAGCAAUGAGAUCUCGAUCAUAUUCACUUCCAUAUAUGACUUGUAAUCCAAGGACUAGUAGGAGUCUUUCAUUUUUCGAAGGUCAGGGAAAUUCAAAAGAAAAUGAUAAAUGGAGAGAUAAUAGUUUGUCUAGAAAUCAAAAUAAAAGUGGGGACUACUCUGAUGUGGAAUUCUCAGGAUCUACAGAGGUUGAUAAUGAAGAAGAUAUUGAAAUUACGAAUUCAAGAUGGUGUGGCUUCUCUAAAAGACAACUGAAAUGUUUAUUUGCAUUAAGUAUAUUAUCAAUAUCUGACACAAUGGGUUUCUCAAUUGUUGCACCAUUUUUUCCUGUGGUGGCAGAAGAGAAGAAUUUGUCACCAAUUGACAUUGGUUUGGUAUUUUCAGCCUUUUCAAUGGCUGGUAUAUUUGGAUCAUUUCUCACAGGGGCAUUGCUUGUUCGUGUGGGUGCCAAAUUUGUUAUAUUAGCUGGAAUGUUAUGGUCUGCUGGAGCCACGAUAUGCUUUGGAUUGCUGAUCUAUGCUCCACCAAAUACUUUUUUCUAUCUUUGUCUCCUUUGUCGAGUAAUGAUGGGUAUCGGUAAUGCUGCCGCCUUUACAGCAUUAUUUGCAAUUAUUUUUCAAGAGUUUGCUGAUCGAGCUCUAACUGUGAUUGGUAUAUCAGAGUCACUCUGUUCCAUAGGAGGGAUUGUUGGUCCGUUAAUUGGUGGCUCAUUAUUUGACGCUGGUGGUUACCUUGUUCCUUUUGUGUUCUUGGGAACUUUACAAUUUUUUGUAUUACUGUGUUGCGCAAUAUUGAUACCGCCCGUAUCUGUUGAAAGACAUGCUAAUGCCGUUUCGCCAGCAUGGUUAUUGUUGAAUCCUCAUGGGCUCUUCUCUGCUUUAUUUGUUAUGUUAUCAUUCACAGUUAACAGUUUUCUCAUCGCAAAUAUUUCACUUUUUUUAACCCAUUCAUUUCAUAUAUCAACAUUCAUGGUCGGUGUUUACAUGUUAGUGAUGAGUGUUUUCUACGGAAUUUCAACUCCUAUCUGGGGAUAUUUUGCUGAGACAAGGAAGAUAGGGCCACACAUGAUGGCCGUAAGUUGCUUCUUGUUCGGAAUUGUAUUAUCCCUCUAUGGUCCUGCUGAUUUCUGGCGAGAUUUAUUUGGUUGGACUGGACCAGAGCAAUGGCUAGUGUAUAUAUGUGCAGCUUCUUCAGGGGUGGUCUUAGGAGGGCUCGUUAUACCAACUUUUGGAGAAAUGGUUGUCGCCGCGAAACAAAUGAAGCUCCAUGACAAUGAAUUAGCGGAAUAUGGUCUUGUAUCGGGUCUUUGGAACACUAUGUUCUCUGUUGGAGAUAUAUUGGGACCCAGUGUUGGUGGUGUCAUGGUGGUGAAACUUAACUUUGAGAAUUCCUGUGCUAUCUUGGGGUUGUUGAUGUGUGUUUUGGCGUUAGCAAAAGGUGUCCAUUUAGCUGUAAUUGCCUUCAAACGGAAAAAUUCGCCGCCUGAAUCCGACAGUGAUGAAAACUCUUCAGACGAAGAUCAAUCAGAUGAAAGAAAGAGCUUAUUAAGUCCGGAAAACCCGUCUUUGCAAGCUUGAAAAUUUCAAGAAUGAACCUCAUGAUUUAACUGUUCAUUAUUUGAAGGUUGUUUGACAUUAUAUUUCAUCAGGGAACACGAGCUUAAGUAAAGCACAUUUGUGUUAGUGUGCAGCAAGACUCUUGAAUUAAAUAGGAUAGUGUUUGUUUACAUGUUUUCUAUUUUAAACAGCGAAUAUUAUCAUUUUGAUUAUAUAAGCACACCUGAAUUUUUUGUCUGUAAGAUUUUUUUCAGUGUUGCGUCUUGUAUUUGUAACAAACUUUCUUUAAAUUUUUCAUUUUUACUGAAAUAAUACUUCAUGGUUUAAUUCAUAUUUAUCAGGUUUUUUUUUUUUUAAUAAUCUCAUUUGAAGCAUUGCUAUUAAGCAUAAACUUUUCUCAUUUCAUUUUUGUUUUAAUAUUUUCCUUUAUAUUAAUAUUAUACAAAAUAUUUUGCAACAUGCUCAAGUGAAUGCAACAGACUAUGCAAUUGUAGCAUAAGCUUGCCUUUGAAAUCAAUCUAAUUACACAUUUUAUGUAUUUUGUGUGAUUACUUAUAUCCUUGUUCACUGUUUUUGUCUCACAGCAUAUUAAUUUCCUAAUGAAAUCUUACAAAUAUUUUGAAACAUAAUUCUAAAAAAUACACCAAUGGAGAUUUA